AUGCUUCAAUCACCCAAUAUUCUCCUCGACGAAUACUCCGUCUCCUUUGCGAAUGGGUUCCUCCCAGUAGAGCUCCCUCUCGCCAAAUUACCAAGUGCCUAUUAUGAGCCAUGGGAAACAAUCGCCACUGAUUUGCCUGCUCUCAUCCGAAAUAGAAAUAUCAGAAUGAUGGUCGACUCGCUCCCUAUCCUCGAAACAUCUUCUCUAAAGACAGAGUCUGAAUGGCGACGGGCCUACUCUGUCCUUGGCUUCUUGAUGCACGGCUAUAUCUGGGGAGGUGAAACACCUAAAGAUAAAGUCCCUCCUUCUAUCGCCAAGCCUUUUCUGGAAAUUUCCAAACAUCUGGGCCUCCCGCCCUGUGCUACCUAUGCUGGCCUAAAUCUUUGGAACUACACCGCACCCGUAGGUGCCGACAUAACAAACCCUGAUAACCUAUCUUUAAUAACCACAUUUACUGGUACUACCGACGAGGAAUGGUUCAUUGUUAUCUCGGUCGCAAUCGAAGCAAAGGGUGGGAAACUCAUGACCCUCAUGCUCGAUGCGAUUGCAGCAGUCACUGCCAACGACGUCCCACGGCUGACUGCAUUACUCUAUAAGUUCACAGAUGGGCUGCAGGAUUUUAAUGAGACUCUGAAACGUAUGCAUGAGAGAUGUCAUCCGGAUGUUUUCUUCUAUCAACUUCGUCCUCUAUUGGCUGGUAGUAAGAACAUGGCUGCUGCUGGCUUGCCUAGCGGUGUGUUCUAUGACGAGGGCAACGGUGUUGGCCAGUGGCAUCAAUACUGUGGAGGUAGCAAUGGCCAGAGUUCACUCAUUCAAACUUUUGAUAUUUUUCUUGGGGUAAAUCAUUCUGCGACCGGGGGUAUUAGUGGUCCUUCCGGUUAUCUUAUGGAAAUGAGAGACUAUAUGCCAGCUCCGCAUAAGCGCUUCCUCGAGACCCUGUCUCACAUUUCUAAUAUUCGUCCCUACGUGAUGUCUCCCCAGACUGAGCCCACUUUGAAAGAGGCCUAUAAUGCGGCUUGCUUAAUGCUUGGCUCUUUCAGAGACACCCACAUCCAGAUUGUCUCUAGGUACAUUAUCAUGCCAUCGCGUCGAGUACCCCCGCAACAACAAACAGCGGGAAAGGUCAAUCUCGCUACAGCCAGUGUAAAGGUUGAAGAAGUAAACGAGAAGAGCUCGGGGCUGAAUGGAACCGGUGGGACUAGCUUGAUUCCGUUCUUGAAGCAAACGAGAGAUACCACUAAGGAUGCUACCUGCUGA